UCGUACUAAUUGUUAAGCAUGUUGCCGUUAGCGAUUUUCUUGUUCGUCGGCGUUCUCGCACAACAGUCGUUCGCUGACGAACCUGAGGCAAUUGUCGGUGGCACACCUGCCGCAUUAGGUGAAUUCCCAUGGCAAUGCUCCUUAAAUUUGAAUGGCCAACAUAUGUGCGGCGGCUCCAUCAUUGCUCCUACCAAGAUAUUGACCGCUGCCCAUUGCGUGAGUUCCAUAAUAAAUGCUAACAGUUUAAGAAUUGUUACUGGAACCAUCGAUUCCUCUAGAGGACAAUUCCACGCCGUGCGAAGCAUUCGAAUACAUCCAAAUUACAUGGACGGUGCAAGAUAUGCUUGGGCAAAUGACGUCGCUGUGAUCACUCUUCAAGCGCCAAUUCAAUACAAUCAAUAUCAAUCUCCCAUCGCUUUGGCCGACUCCCAGCCAGCUGCCGGUACGCUGUGUACCUUGUCCGGAUGGGGUAAGACAAGCGCAAAUGGUCCACUCGCGCGAACUCUUCUGAAGAUGAACCAGUCCGUGAUCUCGCUGACUCAAUGCCAGCAGAGACAUGGUAUGCCUUUGAAUAACAGCCACUUGUGCGCUCUCAACCGUCGUGGAAUUGGUGCUUGCCAGGGUGACAGUGGCGGUCCUUUGAUCGCUAACGGCAAACAAAUCGGUAUUACUUCUUGGGUUGUUCCUUGCGCUGCUGGUGAACCAGAUGCCUACGCCAACGUCUUUAGUUUACGCAACUUCAUUCUAUCAUCAUAGGCAGACACAUCUUGACACGAUAUGAGGCAUAAACUAGCAUAAACCUAUGCGAUUUAUCAUUUAAGUUCACGCACCGAAAGACUAUGCUAUUGCGAUGUCGAAGUGCACGCAAUGCGGCAGUUGCAUCCUGAAAAUCAAAGAAACUUAUGUAUUUCAAAUGUUAACAAAUAUACAUUAUGAUUAAAUCUAA